GCGCCGCCAUCCUGCCCAGCGAUGUCUUCUCCCGAGCUUCCACCCGAACUCUGGCUCGAAGUACUCAUACAUCUUCCCGCUGAUUCUCUCCGCCAAAGCUCCCUCGUCAGUCGCACUUUUGCCGACCUCUCUCGAGAACUGCGCUUCGCCACAUUCCAGUUGCAUCCGUAUGUCCUCGAUGACAACGACUACUCCUCCCUCCAGCCUACACUUUUGCCCCCCGCCGAAAUCAUCGACGGAGCGCUCGCCCGCCUCGAGUUUUGGACUUCCCGUGUGGUGGCGCCGCAUAUCCGCAGAUGUGUCGUGAGCCCAUGGCUUCUGUCUCUCAUUGAUGAACCCGGGUGGGAGUGUGCACCGACGGAGACACCUUAUACCGUCCUCGAAGCUUUCCUUCCUCGUUUACAAGGCCUUAUGGGGCUGCAGUCCCUCCAUAUGGAGGGCCUCUACUUGGAAUGGACACAUCUGGCCGCGCUGCCCGCCUUACAGACCCUCAAGGUCGAAGACGUCACUCUUCCUGACACACUCCCGGAGAAUCUCAAACAAACGCUGACCGUGGGCGCCUUCUACCUGAGCGACAUUCACCUCUCGAACCGCAGCUGCGUUGGCGCGUGGAUGCGUCUCCUUAAUCCAGCCCUCCUUCGCAGUCUCUCACUCAUUUGCCCUAUGCCCGGGCUGGAUGCGACCUAUCCCUUGGUCACAACUCUCUUCUUGCAAUGGCAUUCCUUCCUUCGGAUGUCUGAACUCCUUCGGCUGUUGUGUCGUUUCCCAGCACUGCUACGGCUGCAUCUCCAAACCGUCCGAUUCGUUCAGGACAGCGAGUCGCAGAGCUUUGAUCUUGCGCUGCCCACAUUGUCCCGCCUUGCGAUCAGCGGCCCGUGCGAGCUUCUACCGGCUUUUCUCUCUGACGCUGCCUGUCCCCAACUCACGCACGUCGAGGUCAACAACUCCACCGUCGAGCGAUUUCUCGUUGGCAUGACACCGCAGCGCAAUUUCCAGGCGACCAUUGUUACCUCGCUCACUCUUAACCUGUCGUAUGUGCUCUAUAUGCGUGAAAUUUCGUACACCCGUCUCAGCACGAUCCUGGACCCUUUCCCGGCACUCACGGUGGCCGACAUGUGCUUCAACUGCACCAUCUUAGAUGAUGGGCCGAUAUACGCAAAUCCUCUGCCAUUCAAAUUUUUCGAAAGUCUCGGCACUAGCUCCGCUGCGCUGCCGCGCGCACUCGCGCGGCUCGCCGUUCGCUGGUGGCUUCCCUACGACGGCGACUGGACCACUCCGGACGACUGUGACUCGGGCUCCGGCGCGGGCUCUGAAUCUGAAUCUGAGUCUACUUCUCUGCGCCCAUUGGUGCAGCACGGCGCUACUGAGUCCGCCAUGCGGCGCGUCUGCGAAGCCCUUAGGACACCCUGCUCAGCGCUACGGGACGUUUACGCAGACGCGUACAACCUCUUCGGCUAUCGGUGGCAAGUAUUCUCCGGCGCUGGUAUAAUACGAGAGGAGUUCAUUAGCAAUAGUGAUGUAUUGUGGUAUGACUCGUUACAAUUGCUGCGAGAAAAGUGGGCGGCCGAGUGGGGAAUACCUUCUUCGGAAGCUUAG